UAGAUGAGCAUGUGGAUGGAGGCAGUCGGAGAACCUUUACCUUUGGCCGCUGUAUCCCCUCUCUUGCAGAAGGGGGCUUCCAUUUACACUUCACGGAAAGCCUUUCUCCAAGUGCCCGCUAAUUGCCCGCAAUUUGCCAUUGGAAUCUGUCACCCUCCCGCUGCUCGAGAAAUCACAGUAUCUGAAAUCUGAUUGAUUGCCCCGGUCCCGAGAUCGACGCCCUCCGCUGGGGGAUUUGCAUAAAUAUUUUCCAGCUCUUUGGAAUUUUGAUAUUAUUGCCGUUCUCUAUCCGGCUCGUUGCGGCUUUGGUUUAGUUUCGUUUGGUUUCUUUUCGCCUCGUCUCGUUUCGUUUCGAUUCGCUUGGCUUUAUUUGAUUUUCUUAUGGGAGUAGGUCAGUUCAAAAUUUGCAUAUAUGGCUGCCUUUGAUUUCGCGCUCGAUUUUUUAUUCAUAUUCUGACUGUUUGCCCUGCCCCAAAAGCGUAAAUGUGCGAACACGUGCUAUACAUAUGAUGAUUUCCCAUCUCCUUGGCUGACUUCUACUCGGCCUAAUGUGAUUAGCGAUGAUGGGCUAUAAAAUAAACAUGGGCUGUGCACUAUCUGUAUCUAUCUAAGUGCCAUGGGGUGUCCCCCCGGGAUAGUUGGGUCAAUUGCAGAGUCAAUAGAUUGCAACAGUUUGUCUAGCUAUUGAUUAAACAUUGAAAUGCCUAUAAAAUGGCUUCCACUUUCCACAAAGAAUUAGUUAGGAUUCUAGCAUAUCGCUGAAAGCAUGAAGUUGGGUAAGCACCGGCCUCGAUACGGUUUAUACAACCUGUUCCUGAGGACACACUCGUCCCUUGCAGUUCUGGUAAUCCUUGGAGGACUGCUCGCCCUGGGACACUAUCCUACUUAUGGACAGUACUAUCCCUGCAGUCCUACGGAUGCUGUUUGCGUGUGCUCGGGUCACCAGGCUGGGGAGUUGGUUCCGGAUUGCGAUGACUGCUCAGGUUACAUCCUUUGUGGCACUGGCUCUUACCAGAAGGUAAAGUGCCCUCCUGGUCUGAUCUUUAACGUCGACUUGAAGGCCUGUGUGCCCGGUCAGUGUCCCAGAUUGGAUGGCACUUGUGCGACUCUCACUACCGUCACUCCGCCCACAUCUCCAGGAACUCAAACCCCUCCAGGACCAGGACAGUGUGCCAGUGAUGUGGUAUGCAGCUUCCACGGACAGAUCAUCGCCCACCCUGAGCACUGUCGGCUAUUCUACACCUGCGUGGGGAAGUGUCCUUCCUUGGGAUUCUGUGAGCUGGGCAAGUGGUUCGAUCGCGAGAAAUUUGUGUGUGACUACCCCUUCAAUGUCCACAACUGUCCCUCCAAUAAGGAGUAG